AUGUUCAGGCGGGACGUCGGCAAGCUGGCGACCAAACACGACGCAGUGGCCAUUCUGUUCGCCGACAUCAAGGGCUUCACCAGCAGUGAGUGCGAGGUCGAGCCGGAGGUGGUCAUGAGCUUCCUCAACGAACUCUACAACCGAUUUGACACUCUGCUGGACGUGUACGGCGUGUAUAAGGUGGAGACCAUCGGCGACUGCUACAUGGUGGCGGGGGGCCUUAUUCGGAAGGACGAAGAGGGGUUUGCUUCCGUACACGGCCCCGGCGCGGUAGACCCCCUGCAUGCCGUACGAGUCAUGAGCUUUGCAAAGCUGCCCAACACGGGGGAGCCGCUCAAGAUCCGAAUCGGGAUCCAUUCUGGGCCCGUGGUCUCUGGUGUGGUGGGCACCCGCAUGCCGCGUUUCUGUUUGUUUGGCGAUACUGUCAAUACAGCUAGCCGCAUGGAGAGCACUGCCGAGCCAGGUACCAUUCACGUGAGUGAGGACUGUCGGCAGCUGCUUAGCAAGGAGAUGUGGCGGCCCACGGGGGGAGUGGAGGUGAGUGGGGAGGGUGAGGGAGGGAGGGGGGCUGAGAGGUGGUUGCACCCUAUACAGACGCGGGGUUUCGGGGUGGGGUAG